AUGAUGACCGGCACGCUGUUCUCGGACUCUCUCGCCGCCAUCAUCCCAACUCACACUCACGACCGAAGUCGCCAGAAUAAAUCUUCUACACAUUACCCUCACUCCUCUCAUUCCUGUCUACGUCAACCUCCUCUCUCCUCACUCCCGCUACUAUCGACCCACCACUACCACCACCAGCAGCAGCAGCAUCCUCAACAGCAGCAGCAGCAGCAGCAGCAACAGGAACAGGAACAGCAUCGCCAGCAGCCACCGUCACAACAGCAACAUCCGUCUACACCCUCCAAUCACUCAAGGUCGCCUGUUCAUGAGAUGUCUGACAGACCUACUCUCCCUGGGAUUGCUAGUAUUCUUGACUUUGCUGGCCAACACCGACCUCAACCCCCUUCACUCUCAACUUCACACUCACAUCCCAACUCACGGCACCAGUCAUCCGAUCCCGUCGCACAUGUACUGCCGGCGUUUGUUCCCAUCCCACCCUUCCAGGAGCUAAACAGUUACCCCUCAGCCGCACCCUACUUCGACUCAAAGCCAAACUCCAGCCAUCCCCACCAACAUGGCCAUCGCCGUCGAAGCUCAAGCAUCGCCGUCCUCCCACUCGACCAAGCACCAUCCAGCCAACCCCAUCAAACUCAUCUCAAGCACUCAGCCUCCUCCCUAUCAUCUACUCAGGCCUCUAGAAAUCCCCGACCCACCGCUCCCGAAUCCUCAGCAGCUCGUAAUAUCAUCCCCCAGCUCAUCCAACCGCCCGCCCGCUCAGUUCGUGACCUUUGUCACCCUUCACACCACCCAGUUGGCAAGGAACCCUAUCACUCAACUACCGACAGGCACUCCAGCUCAUUUCCACUUAGCAGCUCAACAGCUUCUUCACUUGGAACUUCUAGUCAUCAUCAUCACCAUCACCACCAUCAUCAUCAUCAUCAGCAGCAGCAGCAGCAGCAAGAGACCGGGAGACACCUAACUGAUGAUGGACUCCAACGCCGACAUUCUGAACGUCUAACCGGGCCUCGCUCACAACUAAGCCAUCAUCCCCAGCCAGUUCCAAGUCCUCCUCCACUCCAACAGUCAAUGGACGAUCCUCGAAGCUAUAGUCAUAAGACACGGCGUGAAUCUUAUGAUAGUCUCUCGAGCCACAGACCAUCAGGAGGCAAUAAUCAUCAAUCCUAUGACUCAUCUCCUCAUCAACAUUCGACCUCCCUCGAUAUCAACUCACUAUCCAAAAUCGGCGGACCGAUCAUGAACAACAACAACAACAGCGUCGUCUCCUUAGGCCCUCAACAUCAUCGCUAUCAAUGCAUGGAAGCUGGAUGCGGUAAAACCUUCUCUCGGCCAAGCAGUCUCAAGAUCCAUAGUUACAGUCAUACCGGGCAGAAGCCUUUCAAAUGUAUGCGAUGUGACCGGGCAUUCUCGGUGCAGAGUAAUCUGAAACGACACCAGAAGGUUCAUGAAAAACGUAGCGUCGCUGGACCGAGAGCUUUAUCCACUCAACUGGGUGGUGGUCCAAACGGGAUGGUGAUGGUCUAUGAUCAACGCGGAUCGGGAAGAUUGAUCGAAGAAGAAAGCGCAGACGAAGACCAUGGUAGUGAGCAUGGAAUGUACGAUCGGAUGGAAGAGUAA